AUGGCAUUGAACAGGAAUUUUCGGACGACGUAUUAUAAGACGCUCGGCGUGCCUGUGGUCCAGCAUAUUGUCGAUGUUGAGGCUUCAUUUGCAGCGAUACUUGGUGAGAGAUCGGUAAAUGUACCGCAGCUGCUGAAAUUGGCGCUGGAAUUGGGCAUUGUAUCUCAGUUUCGAGCCAGGUGCUGGCUGCUGUUAACGGGUGUGCUCCCGCCCUAUCCAGGGCUAUGGAAUUUUGCAAUAGCAGAGCGACGUACCAUGUUUGAAGAUGUCGUCAGUGCAGCACAAGUGCUACAGGCUAAAGACGUGAUGGAGAGCGACGAAGGAAGAGAAGAGUACUACAAUUUUAUGGAGCUUUUGGAAGAGGGAGAACAUGGACGGGAAGAGAAGAUGUCGUUGCAGAAUCUGAAGAGAUUAGUGCACCUGCAUCGGACAUAUUACAAAGAAAUUGUGGCUUGUAAUGAUCCGUUGUUGCUUGGAAUGGAUGACCAAAAGUUUUUGCUUGCUGUGGCUCGUGUAGUGUGUGAAGCAUUGACAUACGAAGCAGAGCGGUUCUGGGGUUUCACGAGAUUGUUGGAGUUAUUCCAUGAUGGCCUUGAGCUUGUGGAUCCGGUGGUGACUUUAACGACGCUAUAUGACACACAACUUACUGACUUUGAAGAAAUAUUUCUUCGAACGCUGGAUGUUAAGCGGAGGCGACUGACUGCGACAUUGACGUUGCAUUUGCUUAAGAGUGGGCAUGACGAAGAGUAUGGAAGACGGAUGUAA